CAUCAACUAGUGGAAUGGGGAUUUCGAUGAUCAGAAAACGUUAAAUAUAAUAAGUGAAGAAACCUAUCAUUAUGUAUUCUCUUCAGUUAGUUCUCUAUCGUCUUUUUUUGCCAGAGUGUAGAUGUUUAUAUUUCUGUACCUUAAAUCAAGUCAAUCGUAUGUACGGCAGUUGAUAAACUUGUUUUCUUUACAGAUGGUUCGUCGAUCUUCAUAUGUAAAUCGUGAUUGUAAAAAUAAUAAAUCCAGCCCAAAUGAAAUAGUUCCUGCAUGCGAGUCUCGCAGAACCCGUGUGAAAUCACUGAGACGAAGACCAACUGGUUCAAAUAGACCGUACUACAAUCCAUGUGAACGUCGUCGUCGUUUACAAACAAUGAUCCGCGAGGUCUACAAUCGUAUUCGGUGUGCUAAUUUAGCAUCCAAGUGGAAUCAUGUAUUUGAAUUGAUGUCGAAGAACCGACGUUUGUUAAGCGAGCAACUGAAUUCUGCUCAUGCUGCUAAUCUCGCAGCUCGAUCUAUCACCUGUGAUGAAAUGUGGCCUAAUUCCAAUUCUGCCGAUCCACCUUUAUUAGCUGAACCGGUAGAAAUUCCUAAUGUCUAUAGUCAAUUUGGCAAAUUUGAGGCUCGAAUCGGUGGUGUAUCUUAUCGUGUUGCUAUUACAAUGAUGCCCCAAGUGAGUAAAUUCAAUACGAUCAGUGAUCCUGUGCCUUCCGUUUGUAUGUGGGCUCCUGUUCAACAUAAUUUCUCUGUUGAAGAUGAAACAGAAUUAGCUAAUUUACCAUAUAUGGGUGAUGAUCAAGCUCAGGAAGAUGUGAAUUUUUUAGAAGAACUUCUGAACAAUUACGAUGGUCAUUUACAUGGUAAUUUUCCAUUUGAAUUUGAAGAGUCACUUCUGGUACAAUUGGUUAAUGCAGUUGCAAAAGCAUGGCCAGAUAUUAUCGCACAAUGUGGAUUAAUACCAUAUACAAAUCAAAAAGGUGAACACCGACCCAUAGAUUUACCACAAAAUCCAAUUACAGUUGAUUCCUCAUCACAAGAAAUCGAUGCAUCAUCAAUAUCAUCAUCAGUAAUUGGUAUUGUUGACGAAACUGGUGUAGUUGAUUCUGAUUGUAAAUCAAAUGAACGUGUCUUGAAAAGAUCGAAACCAGAUGAAGAAGAUAGUGACGAAGUUUCAGUUACAAAAAAAGGUCGUUUCACCCGUCGUUCAGGAUUUAUCGAAAUUAAAGAUGUUGAAGUAACAAUAAGCAAUAGUAUAAUACCACCUAAUAUCAGCGUUAAUCUUCCCGAAUUCAAUGAUAAAACACUGGUUAGUCUCCAUAAUAAGCUGAAAAUUGAAGACAAUAAUGAGGAAAUCAAGUGUGAACUGAUCGCUACCACACAACAAUCUCCGAAGAUAAAAAAUUCCGUUGAUUCACAUCAUAGUGAUCGUGAUUCAAAUUCUCCAGACCCUAAGCGUCUCAAUACCACUGGGAUUCCAGAUGGAGUAUUCUCUGCCAUAGCUGGAACAUUCGGUUCAUCAGAUGAUUCUAGUAAACUUCAGCUUCGAUAUAUGGAAUUGAAAGAACGUUCAAGUAAUUCACAACUGAACGAAGAAGCGUUGACAUGUUGUCCAAAUUUAGACAGUCCGAUUGAAGUACUGAAUGCAGUGAAAAGUGGUCGACAUCAAAUUCCUACAAGAGCUGAAGCUUUACAUUCAUUCAGAACGUUAUUUUGUCGUCGAUGUUUCAAGUAUGAUUGUGCUUUACAUCCUUAUAAGUCUACUCAAUCAAUGUGGAGUCAUCGUUGGCCAUUUGUUGCAUCAACUAAUGUGGAAUCAGAUGCUCCAUAUUGUGGUGUAUGGUGUGUUCGUCAAUUCACUGAUAAGCAAAACAAUCAUCAUCAUAAUAAUAAUCGAAUAAAUGAGAGAGACUGUGAUUGGAACCCGGUUGAAAUAAGCCUUUAUCAAGUUUUAGCUCCAAUGUAUGUACCAUACGGUUAUUCUUCAUAUCAUUUAUACAAUUGGUGUUGUACAUUAUCUAAUCUUAUUGGAACUAAAAAGUGUUCAGAGGUGCUUAGCUAUGCAAAUACACAGAACCAUUCAACUCUUCUACUUCCCGAUUCUGGACAAUUAAGUCAACUACGUGUUCCUGGAACCGGUAUUGAAUGGGGUAGACGUUCAACUAGUACCGCAUCAUUAAAUGAUGGUGGAGAUUGUGCUGGAUCUGGAUCAUGCAGUGGAAGUGUUCAAGAUAAUGGUGAAUUCAACGAAGAAGCUGUGAAUAAUAAUGAAUCAUCGGGCUAUAAUUUACUACCAUCAUAUAGACGAAAACGUUCAAGGAAACGUCGUCUAAAAAAGAGCAUGUUAUUAGGACCACCAACUCGUCGUUUGGAUGACGAUGAAGAUUCACAAACAAAUGGAUGUCAUCAAAAUGCUACAAAUGGUAAUGCUAAUGGUGUAGUCGCAAGUGGAUGCUUCGCUCAUCAUUAUCAUCCAUGUGAUCAUCCUGGUCAACGAUGUGAUGAUUCCUGUUCUUGUCGAAUAGCUGGAACAUUUUGUGAAAAGUUUUGUCAAUGUCCUCCUGAUUGUCCAAAUAGAUUUUUGGGAUGUCGUUGUCGAGGUCAAUGUAACACAAAAUUAUGUCCAUGCGUUCUAGCUGUCAGAGAAUGUGAUCCGGAUUUGUGUUUAUCUUGUGGUGCACAUUCAUCUUUUCGAUCUUUUGCCUCUGGAAAUUCUAUGGAUUUACUUUCACUACUUCAAACUACUUUACCUCCUGUUACUGGUACUUGUCGAAAUGUUGCCAUUCAAAGAGGUUGGCGUAAACAUCUUUUAAUGGCACCUUCUGAUGUGGCUGGUUGGGGUAUAUUUAUUAAAGAAGCUGCGGAGAAAAAUGAUUUCAUAUACGAAUAUUGUGGCGAGAUAAUUAGUCAAGAUGAAGCAGAUCGACGAGGUAAAAUAUAUGAUAAAACAAUGAGCAGUUUCCUGUUCAACCUUAAUCGAGAUUUUGUUGUGGAUGCUACACGUAAAGGCAAUAAAAUUCGAUUUGCAAAUCAUUCAGUUAAUCCUAAUUGUCAUGCCAAGGUUAUCAUGGUGAACGGUGAUCAUCGAAUUGGUAUUUUUGCAAAACGUGCAAUUCUCCCCGGUGAGGAGUUAUUCUUUGACUACCGUUAUGGUCCUACAGAACAACUCAAAUAUGUAGGUAUUGAACGAGAUACAGACGCUGCAAGUGUAAUUAAUAAUCCUUUAUGCGUAUUGAAUACAUCUGGCAAUGAUAUUAACCCCCUGUGGUUACAUAUAGACAUCUCGCUUGUGUUAUACGUAGCUCAAACAGUAUUAUAUAGUGGUUCCGAUUAUCGCACUCCUAAAUAUAACAAUGAAAAAUCAUUCAUUGGUAAGGUUAUUACUCUGUUAUGUGUGCAGGCCUGUGUAGAGAAUGUAAAAUGUUUAUAG